GAACCGUCGGCUGGCCGGGAGCAGACUCGCUCGGCUCGCUGCUGCGGAGUCGGCUCGUCGGCUCGUCGGCUCGGUCAGCAUCCCAGCCUCAGCACCGCGAACGAGUGCGGACACUGGGAAACUUGUGUAGUAUCGCCACUCAGAGAUGGCCCUACUGCACCUCGUGUGGCUGGCGUGCCAGUCAGCGCUACCGCUGCUUCUGCUGGCCGUGGUGAUGCUGGGCUUGGCCAUGUACUUCGAUCCGGCAGUGCGCCGGGCGCGCCGCAUCGCCAAGGGCUACCCUCAGUACAGCAGCAGUGUGCCCAUCAUCGGCCACCUGCUGCACAUCGUCAAGUCCAGAGAAGAAUUGUUUCACCUCCUCCGCGAAUGGCCGAAGAUGUUCGGCAGCCCCUCGGUCCUGAUGCUGUUCGGGAGGGUGCUGUUCAACCUUUCGGACCCCGUGUCCAUUGAGGCGGUGCUCUCCAGCAGCAAGCACAUCACCAAGGGUCGCGCUUACGACUUUCUGCGGCCGUGGCUCGGCGAAGGGCUGCUGACGAGCGGCGGGGAGAAGUGGCACUAUCGGCGCAAGCUGCUCACCCCCGCCUUCCACUUCAAGAUCCUGGACCAGUUCUCCUCCCACCUCGAGGAGCAAGCGGCCCAACUGGUGGACGACCUGGCCGAGCUCGCGGCGGCAGGCCAGGGCGCCGCCGUAGACGUGGUGCCUGCCGUGUCCAGGAUUACGCUGCGCUCCAUCUGCGUGACGGCGAUGGGCAAAGUCGACUUCGGUACGGACUCCAGUGCAGCCGUGAGCGAGAAGUCGUACUUUGAGGCGAUCCACAGAGUGGGCGAGGCUACAGCACUGCGCAUUGUGCGACCCUGGCUUUGGCCGCCGCCGCUCUUCUGGCUCACACCAAUGUACCAGAAGUUCCGCAAGAACCUCAACACCCUCCACGGAUUCACCAGCAAGGUGAUUGCUGAUCGCAAGAUGACGCUGUCUGGCGAUGCCGAUGAUACCGCGGUGGCGGCGGGCGAGGCAGGGGCUGAGAAUUCGUCUCGCUUCAAGAGGAAGGCUCGCCUGCGGCCCUUCCUGGACGUGCUGCUCAACGCGCAGCGGCGCGGCGAGGACAUCAGCGACCAGGACAUCCGCGAGGAGGUGGACACGUUCAUGUUCGAGGGCCACGACACCACGUCCAUGGCCAUCAGCUGGUCGCUGGAGCUGCUGGGCCGCCACCCCGAGGUGCAGGAGCGGGUUGUGGAGGAGCUGCGCGGCGCGGGCGGCGAGGACUGGGAGUCCAUCUCCAGGCUGCCGUACCUGGACCGCGUCUUCAAGGAGUGCCUGCGCUUGCGGCCCAGCGUGCCUUUCAUCUCGAGGCUGAUUGAGACGGACGCCGUGCUCCCAGACGGUAGGACCAUUCCCGCCCCGUCCAUGACCAACAUCCACAUCUUCGACUUGCACCGCCACCCGGAUCACUUCCCGGACCCCGACCGCUUCGACCCGGACCGCUUUUUACCCGAAGUGGAGCAGGCCAGGCACCCCUUCGCGUACCUGCCGUUCAGCGCGGGGCCUCGGAACUGCAUCGGCAAGCGGUUUGCCACCAUGGAGGUGAAGCUGUUCCUGGCCGCCGUGGUGCGCCGGUUCCACAUCCGCUCUGCCAUGCCCGAGCACCUGGACGUCACCGCCGACCUGGUGCUGCGACCGCGCGACGGCGUGCGCCUGCGCCUCUUCGCUCGCUGACUCCUGGCACCCUGGCACUCUCAAGCGCGCGAGGGGUUUGACCCUAGGGUCAUCGUCGAGUCGUUUG